UCUUAUAGUCAACACCUCUCAUCACGAGUGUAGCGAGCAGCAGAGAGGUUUGAUCUCUUGACUAUAUACUUGACAGCACUCUUCCUCUACACCUGAUCUGAUGCACUUGCGUCUCUGGAAACGAGCGUCCCGUUUGACUUGAGAAAUGAAUGGCUACGGAUCACCCUACCUCUACAUGGGUGGCCCGGUGUCCCAACCGAGAGCGCCCCUCCAGAGGACGCCCAAGUGUGCCCGCUGCAGGAAUCACGGGGUGCUCUCUUGGCUGAAAGGGCACAAGCGUUACUGCCGCUUCAAGGACUGCACUUGUGAGAAAUGUAUUCUUAUAAUCGAGCGACAGCGCGUCAUGGCGGCUCAGGUGGCGUUGAGACGGCAGCAGGCGAACGAGAGUUUGGAGAGUUUGAUCCCGGAGUCUCUGAGGUCGCUGCCCGGCAUCACGGUGGGGAGCGGAGAGCAGAGCGCGCGUUCACGCACAAGCGACAUAGACCUGCGCUGGAGCACAGACACAGUGAACCCUAAACCACCGCAAGACCUAAACGAGGACCUGUCUGGUGAGCAGUCUGGUGGAGAGAAUGGUGGUAGUACCAGUGACAGGGAACCAGAGCCAGUCAGCUCCCCUGAAGAAUCCAAAUCUAACUUGUGCUGCACCCCUGACACCUCCGACUUGAGUCCCCAGCUUGAGGAGUCCCGCUUUGGCCUGUCUAAAACCUGCACCGACCCAGAGCCCAAAGCUGACAACCCCAAAUACACCACUGAGCCCAACCUCCUCAUUGAAGGCCUCUCGGGUUCUGUAUCUCUUCCUUUCAGCCUGAGAGUCAAUCGCCCUCCACUGGAGGUUCUGAAGAAGAUCUUCCCUGCCCAUAAGCCUGCAGUCCUGGAGCUGAUCCUGAAAGGCUGCGGAGGGGACCUGGUUGGAGCCAUCGAGAUCCUCCUCUCCAGCCGUUCCACUAUUAAACCAGACAAGCUCUUGUCUGAGGGCUCUGAUGCCCUGGUUCUCCCCUCAAAUGGUCACCUAUUUGAGCAUCCGCUGAGUUCCUACCCAGUCUCCUCUUCCAAGUGGUCAGUCGGUUCAGCCUUCCGUGUUCCAGAUUCUCUGAGCUUUUCCUCAGAGUCCUCUGGUGGUAUGAUACCCGGCCCUCUUAGUUUGCCACUGCAGCAUGGCUUCCCCCAGCCACCUCGAUAUCCCCUCAUGCUGAGGAAUUCGCUUAGCCGUGGCCAAGGCGGGCCCUUCAUGCACAACGAUGUGACUCUGUGGAAUACCAUGACAUUACAGCAACAGUAUCAGCUGCGCUCACAGUAUGUCCCCCCAUUCUCAGGCCCCGCAGCUGGAGUGAUCCGCAGCUCACCGCUCCUCACUAGCAGGCCAACUGAGGAGAAUCGAAUCAGCAUCCAGGAGGAGAGCUGCCCUGUCAUUACCAAACAAAGCAUUUAUGCUGCAGAUGAGGAGUACGAUGAAAGAUCUGACUCAUCAGAUUCCAGGAUCCUGAAUACAACCUCCUAACUUAUGCCCACUCCAAAAGAUUCAUCCGGAGGACUCAAAAAAGCACUGAAAUGUAUUCCAAAGGAACUCUUGAAAUUAUGAAAUGAUGAAAGAGACAUUGCUCUUGUAGGAGCUUAAUGAAAAGAUAUACAAUGUAGUACUUGAGAUAUUGUAUUUCUACCAGAUCUGACGUGGUUGUGCCAACUUACUCAUUUGUGAAAUUAAAGCAGCUUCACUUUUGAAAAAUAAGAUCAUAAAGGUACUAUUAUUUGAUCAAAAAGUCUGAAUAACUUAAUAUAUUUGAGGAAAAAUGAUCUUUAUUUCCACUGUGCAUGAAACAUACUGUUAUUAGCAGUGUAAUUUACAAAUAAUCCAGCAGAGCUGCAUGUGAAAG